UAGACACCGACAUUAAAUAGGUGUCGUGAUAAACGCACAUCUGAUGCCCGAGGACGCCGGUGUAUUGCAGCGUUGGAAGUCUGAUGCGUAAAGGUAAAUUGGAUUGCUGUCAUCAUCGUGUGUAUCCGAAGCAAGCAGUUAUGAAGUAUAGUACGUAUCUACUUAUAUUAAUAUCCUGCUGCUUUGCACCGAAUCUGGUCUGUGGCGAAAUAGACGAUUUGUAUAUUGCUGCUUUCAAUGUAGAGAUGUUUGGACAAUCCAAGAUGUCGGACAGUGAUGUUGUCGAUGUUUUGACACAGAUUGUUCACCGUUAUGACAUCAUUUUGAUACAAGAAAUACGUGACAUUGCCGGGACCGCCAUCUUGGAUUUGUUAUCUGAAGUCAACAGUGUGUCAGAUAGUGAAUAUUUGAUAGCCACAAGCAACAGACUAGGGCGGUCAAGUUCAAAAGAGCAAUACGCAUUCCUUUACAGCCCAACCUUCACUACCAAGAAAGACAUCCCGUUCUUACCACUUACUAAGUUUGUGCUAUUUUUGCUAUUCUCUGCGGAGCGAACACCAUCAUUUAUCCUCAUAUUUGUGCUUUUAUUCCGUCCCAAGUUUAUUUUUCCGCCGUAUAAGACCAGUUUACAUAGCACCGAGGGCGCGGAAGCUCACAGUGUGCACAUCCUAUAUGUAUUGCGAACAUGA